GGCGCUUGGCAGCAGCACGAGUGUUUCGGAAUUGGGCGGCGGCGAUGCAGGGUGGACAUGACACCUGGGUGUGCCUGGCGAGCCUUCCAGCUGCUGCACUUGUGUCUGCCUAUACACCCGCUCAUCUCACGAGUGUUGGAGAUCCAGAGCAUACACGGCCAGCUCUCGACAAAGUCAGUGACGAAUCGUCUUUACACUCGCCCUUGAUCACCAUCGCAGCAUCUACCCUCUCCUCCCGCGGUACGCCUGCAGCUGCGACUUGCAAUCGUGACUGGCGCAGGUCAGACAUCAGCAUAGAAGCAGUGUGACGGUGUGACUUGGGGCCCCUUCGCUGCUUACUGGGAAAACCUCGUCUGAGGAGCAGACGAAGAGCAAG